AUGUUUGUCAUUAAAAGAGAUGGUAGAAGAGAAAGCGUCGCUUUCGAUAAGAUUACAGCACGUAUUAAUAAACUAUGUUACAGUCUUAACUUAAACUAUAUUGAUCCCGUUGCCGUAGCUCAAAAAGUGAUUUCUGGGGUUUAUCAUGGGGUUAAUACUGUCGAAUUGGAUAACUUGGCCGCUGAAACUGCAGCGUACAUGACUACCAAACACCCCGAUUACGCUAUACUGGCCGCUCGUAUUGCCGUUUCUAAUCUUCACAAAGAAACCAAAAAGGUCUUUUCUUUGGUUAUAGAAGAUCUAUAUAAUUAUGUAAAUCCGAAAACAGGAAAACACGCGCCAAUGAUUUCUGAAGAAACUUACAAGAUUGUCAUGAAACAUUCAGGGAAACUCAAUUCCGCUAUAAUUUAUGACAGGGAUUAUAAGUAUAAUUUUUUUGGCUUUAAAACUCUUGAAAGAUCUUACCUUCUACGAAUGAACGGUAAAGCUGCCGAACGUCCACAACACAUGUUAAUGCGUGUGGCCGUUGGUAUUCAUGGUGAAGAUAUUGAUGCGGCUAUCGAAACCUAUAACUUUAUGUCCGAAAAAUAUUUCACUCAUGCUUCACCAACUCUCUUUAACGCCGGAACCCCACGACCUCAACUUUCGAGCUGUUUUCUUUUAACAAUGAAAGAUGAUUCCAUAGAAGGGAUUUACGACACACUAAAAACUUGUGCUGUUAUCUCAAAAUCUGCUGGUGGAAUUGGUUUAAAUAUUCAUAAUAUUAGAGCUUCUGGUUCCUACAUAGCGGGAACAAACGGUUAUUCAAAUGGGAUCAUUCCAAUGCUUCGCGUAUAUAAUAAUACCGCAAGAUAUGUUGAUCAAGGUGGCAAUAAACGUCCCGGCGCUUUUGCUAUUUAUUUGGAAACUUGGCAUCCUGAUAUUUUUGAAUUUUUGGAAUUAAAGAAAAAUACUGGUAAAGAAGAAGCUCGCGCUCGAGAUUUAUUCUAUGCGCUUUGGGUAUCUGAUCUUUUUAUGCAAAGAGUCGAAGCCGAUCAAGAUUGGAGUUUGUUUGAUCCGGCUGAGGCGCCAGGGCUUUUGGACGUUUGGGGGGAAAAGUUUGAAAAAUUAUACGAGUUAUAUGAGCGACAAGGACUUGCUCGUCGAACUAUCAAAGCCCAAAAGUUAUGGGCAGCAAUAUUGGAAUCUCAGAUAGAGACAGGAACGCCCUACAUGCUCUAUAAGGAUGCUUGUAACCGUAAAUCUAACCAGCAAAACCUAGGAACUAUUAAAUGCAGUAAUUUGUGUACUGAGAUUAUGGAAUACUCUAGUCCUGAUGAAGUUGCUGUCUGUACUUUGGCUAGCAUCGCUUUACCUAUGUUUGUAGAGAACAAAGACGUUUUUGAUUUUAAUCGUUUGCAUAAGGUUACGAAAGUAAUAACUCGAAAUCUUAAUAAAAUUAUUGAUAUUAAUUAUUAUUCUGUUGAAGAGGCGCGAAGAUCUAACUUUCGCCAUCGUCCAAUUGGUAUCGGCGUGCAGGGUCUGGCGGAUUGCUUUCUGUCUAUGAGACUUCCCUUUGAUUCUCCUCAAGCCAAAGAAUUAAAUAGAAAAAUAUUUGAAACAAUAUAUCAUGGAGCUUUAGAAACUUCGUGGGAACUUGCAAAGGAACAUGGACCAUAUGAAACAUAUGAAGGUUCACCUGUAUCGAAAGGAAUUUUACAAUAUGAUAUGUGGAACGUUAAACCGACGGAUUUAUGGGAUUGGGAUUUAUUGAAACAAAAAAUUAAGGAACACGGUGUACGAAAUUCUUUACUUGUAGCACCAAUGCCCACCGCUUCAACUUCACAAAUUUUAGGAUUUAAUGAAUGCUUUGAACCUUACACGAGUAAUAUUUACACACGACGUGUUUUAGCUGGCGAAUUUCAAAUUGUAAAUCCAUGGUUAUUAAAAGAUUUGGUAGAUUUAGGAUUGUGGAGUGAUCAAAUGAAAAACAGAAUAAUUGCCGACAACGGGAUUUCUGGUAUUCCGGAUGAUAUCAAAGGAUUGUACAAAACAACUUGGGAAUUAUCACAGAAAGUGAUAAUUGAUAUGGCAGCAGAUCGAGGAGCUUUCAUUGAUCAAUCUCAAAGUCUCAAUAUACAUAUAGCGGAACCAACCUUUGCUAAAUUGACUAGCAUGCAUUUGUGA